AUGCUGACGGUUGUUGACGGGGACGUAGUGGGGUAUCGCGGCCUAAGGAUCUGUGGGACAGCGACCACGGUAACAAGAUGAACUUCUUACGGGGCGUCAUGGGUGGUCAGAGCCCUGGACCUCAGCCGUCUGGUGCUGAUACGAUUCAAAAAUUAUGUGAUAGAGUGGCAUCUUCCACCUUACUUGAGGAUCGCAGAGAUGCUGUACGUGCCCUUAAAUCUCUUUCAAAGAAAUAUCGUUUGGAAGUGGGAAUUCAAGCUAUGUCUCAUCUUAUAAACGUUCUCCAAACAGAUCGUUCAGAUUCUGAGAUAAUCGGCUAUGCUUUGGAUACCCUCUGCAAUAUCAUGUCCAAUGAUUUGGAAGAGGAAGAACAAGAUGAUUCUGAAGAAGAAAAUUCACAGAAACAAACAGAAGAUUUUGGAAGUCAGUUUACUGAAAUUUUCAUUAAGCAACAUGAAAAUAUCACUCUUCUGUUGACUUAUUUAGAGGAGUUUGACUUUCAUGUCCGGUGGCCUGGAGUAAAACUUCUUACAGUAUUGUUAAAACAGCAGGGUCCCCAAGUGCAGCAGAUAAUCUUAGUCAGUCCUAUGGGAGUCUCAAGGUUAAUGGAUCUACUAGCAGAUUCUAGAGAAGUCAUAAGAAAUGAUGGUGUUUUGUUACUUCAGCAGUUAACAAAAAGUAAUGCAGCAAUCCAGAAAAUAGUUGCUUUUGAAAAUGCAUUUGAAAGAUUGUUAGAUAUCAUAACAGAUGAGGGUAAUAGUGAUGGAGGCAUAGUAGUUGAGGACUGUCUUCUGUUGCUACAAAAUUUGUUGAAAAAUAACAAUUCAAAUCAGAAUUUUUUCAAGGAAGGUUCUUAUAUUCAGCGUAUGAAACCAUGGUUUGAAGUUGGUGAUGAUAAUGCUGGUUGGUCUGCACAGAAAGUAACCAAUUUACAUUUGAUGCUUCAGCUGGUACGUGUACUGGUGUCUCCUACAAAUCCUCCUGGUGCCACCACCAGUUGUCAAAAAACCAUGUUUCAUUGUGGGUUAUUACAACAGCUUUGUACAAUUCUGAUGGCAACUGGAGUUCCUGCUGAUAUUCUUACAGAGACCAUUAACACUGUAUCAGAAGUAAUUCGAGGAUCUCAAAUGAAUCAAGAUUACUUUGCUUCAGUAAAUGCACCUUCAAAUCCUCCAAGGCCUGCAAUUGUUGUACUUCUUAUGUCAAUGGUAAAUGAGAGACAACCAUUUGUCCUGCGCUGUGCUGUCCUUUAUUGCUUCCAGUGUUUCUUAUACAAAAACCAAAAAGGGCAAGGAGAAAUUGUAUCAACUCUUCUACCUUCAACCAUUGAUGCUACUGGAAAUUCUGUCUCAGCUGGCCAACUUCUUUGUGGAGGACUCUUUUCUACAGAUUCUGUUUCAAAUUGGUGUGCGGCUGUGGCAUUGGCCCAUGCUUUGCAAGAAAAUGCCACUCUAAAAGAACAGCUGCUACGGGUACAGCUAGCCACUAGUAUUGGAAAUCCUCCAGUGUCCUUACUUCAGCAGUGCACUAACAUUCUGUCUCAGGGUGAUAAGAUCGACAGACGGGGAAGCAAAGUGCAGACAAGAGUUGGAUUAUUAAUGCUGCUUUGCACAUGGCUAAGCAAUUGCCCCAUCGCUGUCACACAUUUUCUUCACAAUUCAGCAAAUAUUCCAUUUCUAACAGGACAAAUAGCAGAAAACCUCGGAGAAGAGGAGCAGCUGGUUCAAGGAUUGUGUGCUCUAUUACUAGGAAUCUCCAUUUAUUACAAUGACAAUUCACUUGAGAAUUAUAAAAAAGAAAAACUAAAGCAGCUUAUAGAAAAAAGGAUUGGAAAGGAAAUUUUUAUUGAGAAAUUGACAUUUAUUAGCAAGCAUGAAUUCUAUUCCCGAGCAGCUCAGAAACCACAGCCAAACUUUUCUAGCCCUGAUCAUAUGAUGUUUGAUCAUGAAUUUACAAAGCUGGUGAAAGAACUGGAAGGAGUUAUAACAAAGGCAGUUUAUAAAUCAAGUGAAGAAGAUAAAAAGGAAGAAGAAGUGAAAAAAACUUUAGAACAGCAUGACAACAUAGUGACACAUUAUAAAAAUGUCAUUAGAGUACAGGAUCAGGAGCUUGAGGAAUUGAAGAAACAAGUAGAAUCAUUUAAAAUUCAAAAUGAACAGUUGCAGACAGCAGUUACGCAACAAGUUUCACAGAUCCAGCAACACAAGGACCAAUAUAACCUCCUUAAAAUACAGCUAGGAAAAGACAAUCAGCAUCAUAGUUCCCACAGUGAUAUGGCUCAGAUGAAUGGUGUUCAAUCAGAAGAAAUCAACAAAUUGCACAUUGAAAUGGAGGAAUGGAAGCACAAACUGGAAUUACUGCAAGAACAGCUAAGAGAAAAGGAUUCUUUGAUUGAAACCCUGAAACUUUCAGCAACAAUGGAAGGAGCAACAGAACAAUCAUCACAAACUAAUAUAUCUACUGAAACUCAAUUAAAUAGUGAACUGUAUAAGGAAAUUGAAAACUUGAGGGCCCAAAUAAUCAAACUUCAGGUUGAAAAGCAAGAACUUCAGAAAAUGAACCUGACUUCAGUUCCUGCAUCAGAAGACACUAGUGCUGAUAUGGUAGAAAAGACAACUGACUUGGAAAGACAACUUUCAACAAUCUUGCAGGAGAAUAAAGAACUAAAAAAUGAAAUUGCAAGACUCAGUGAAGAGAAGACUUCAUUUAAACAGCAAUUGGAAUCAUCCAAUAGCACAGUGGCAAUUUUGAAAAAUGAAAAAAGCAAACUGCAGCAGGAACUUGCAGUAUCUAAAAAAGAACAAGAUGAUUUUCUGGUUCUUCUGGCUGAUCAGGAUCAGAAAAUAAUUGAAUUAAAGAAAAAACUCAAAGAACUUGGAGAACCGAUUGAAGAUGAAGAUGAUGGGGAUUUAGGUGAUCAUGGUGAGGAUGAAGAGGAGGAGGCUGGAGAAGGAAGAGAAGAAAAUUUAUUAGAUUAAACAUGGAAUUUAGGAAUGCUUUGAAAUUUAGGAAUGUAUGAACCAAUCUGGAUGGCUUUGUGAUGCAAAACACCUUGAUAAAAGAAAAGAUCAUUAGAAAUUAUCCUCAGUUUCUUAAAUGUCAGUAAUAUAUUGUAGCUAAACAGAAGCCUAGUAUGUUAAAUUUCACAUUCAGACCAAAUUGAAUUAUUAACAAAUUAGAAACCUUAGAAGCUGUAAAAAGGUAACAAUGUUGGAUUAAAAUGUGUUGCCUUUUGCCUAUUUUCAAAGUGUUUGUCAUUACUUAAUUUUCUUAUUUUGGUUUUAUUGUGAUUAAAUAUGGUAUGCAUUUGGCUAAAAUCUCUUGGAUGAAAUUGUCUCCUGUAUUCAGCUUGGAGAGAUCUUGCAUAUUUUUUUCUUAAUACCUUUUACAAAAGAUUGAAAGUGAUGGUUUGGUUUGCUCAAGUUAAGUGGGUCAUAGUUUCCAUGCUUUCUUCUUAGUGGAUUUUGGCUUGAAUGAAAUGAACUGUUCAGCAUUGAGUGCCUUGCAUCUGAAAUGGCUCCAUUCUGUACCUUGGAAGUAAAAGGAACUGCAACAGUACAGAAGGGUUUUCAGAGAUAAAGAGCACUAUUUGAUAGUAUAUUAAAUAAACUUUUUUAGCAAAAUUCCCAUAUCAAAAUUUAAAGAAUAUCAAAUUAUUAUUUUGAAAACAUAUUUGUUUUAUUUAAAAAAAACACAUUGUGAUUGAUAAUAAUUUAUUGAGGUUUUUUUUUGGCCCAGUAGAUUUAAAAAGGGAAAGAAAUAAAUGCAGUUGCUAUAUCAACUUACUUUUUCAAUAAUGAAAAUAAAUAUAUACCUAUUUAGUAUCAUU